AUGGCCACCGCCCCUAAAGGGGGCCAGUUCCCGGAGAACCACCGUCAUGAGAACGACGCCGGAGCUACAUUUGUCCUCCAGUCAAAAGGGGAAUGGUGGCACGCGGGUUUUCAUUUAACGACGGCGAUUGUGGGUCCAACCAUGCUAACGCUGCCGUAUGCGCUGAGAGGGUUGGUUAGGGUGCGGGCUUGGUCUGUUUUGCUUGACGGCGAUGGGGGUCGUCACAUUGUACGCUUACUUCCUCAUGUCCAAGAUUUUGCAUUCCAUUAUUUCACCACACGGAUCGAUGAAAUUUUACCACUUUAUAGCAAUAGUGACAGGGAUUAUGGUAAUUCUAUCUCAGCUUCCCACUUUCCAUUCCCUGAGACACAUAAACUUGUGUUCGUUGUUUCUCAGCCUGGGCUACACAGCUCUUGUGGCACAUCGAAGAAUGCCCCUCCAAGGGACUAUUCCUUAGAACAUAAUAAGCCAUCAAGAGCAUUCAGUGCAUUCACUUCCAUCUCAAUACUUGCAGCAAUAUUUGGGAAUGGCAUAUUACCAGAGAUACAAGCAACUCUGGCCCCUCCUGCUGCUGGGAAGAUGGUAAAAGGCCUUGGUAUGUGCUAUGCUGUAGUUUAUUCUCAAGUCGCUUAUGAGUUAAUGGAGAAGAAGUCAGCUGAUGUGAAUCAGGGGGUGUUUUCCAAAAGAAACGUUAUUCCUCGAAUAAUUCUUCGAACAAUUUACAUGAUAAUAUGUGGGUUUGUGGCAGCAAUGUUGCCAUUUUUUGGGGACAUCAACGGUGUGGUUGGUGCUAUUGGUUUCAUCCCUCUGGAUUUCGUUCUGCCUAUGCUUCUAUACAACAUGACGUACAGGCCUCCAAGAUCAACAUUCACUUAUUGGAUUAACACCUCAAUUAUGGUGGUCUUCACGGGUGUUGGAAUAAUGGGCGCAUUCUCUUCCAUAAGGAAAUUGGUUCUUGAUGCCAACCAAUUAAAGAAAGCUCUUCUGCAGUGA